AUGCAGAAUAACGAUGAGCAGACACACGAGAAAGCGGCACGAAAACGAAAUGAUAUCCAGGGUCUACGAGCAGUAGCAGUCAUCCAGGUUGUAUUGUUCCAUCUAUCACUUAAACGCUUCCCGAACGGAUACGUUGGUGUUGAUGUAUUUUUUAUACUAUCCGGUUUUCUGAUCACGAUGAUUCUGAGUUGUAGUACACAACCCAUACUUUCAAUGCUUAUUAAUUUCUACAGUAGACGAAUUAAGCGCAUAUGCCCAGCUUACUAUCUAACAAUCGGCCUUGUGGUCCUGGCUACUGACUUGUUGGUGCUCUUUUUUGAUAAAGACAGUGUUAUGAACGAAGUUCAAUGGGCUAUGGUAUUUGCUACAAAUAUACGUGGCUGGUAUUUGAUGACCGACUAUGCUGCUCAGCUCGUGACUUAUAAUUUUCUCGUGCACACAUGGUCUGUAUGUGUGGAGAUGCAGUUUUAUCUGAUUGCGCCAUUCAUCAUAUUGCUCAGCCGGAAUUCCCGCAUUGGCAGCGCAUUUGCCAUUCUCACUGGUAUAGCUUCACUCUAUUUUUACUGCUUCUCGAAUGUCGUGGAUUCAGCUUCAUUUAUGCGUUCUCGCUUAUGGCAAUUUUUGCUCGGCGGUAUUGCUUAUCGUUUUAGCAAAACCAAAGGCCCAUAUCUUUAUGGACUUGGCUCCAUCCUCGGUAGUAAUUUCUUUCUGUCAGCUGAUGCAGAUAAGUUAAAUCACCCACUGACGGAUGGUUCGACUGCCUUGAAAUUCUGA